AAUAGAUCUGCUUUGGUCAGCCAACCGGUUAAAGUAAGUAAGAUCCCCUCAUUAGUAUAACACUAGCGUCAAGCUAGAGCUAUCGCGUCGCUGGUCGUUCCACUAUCACGUAGCGUUGGAAAAGAAAAACGAAACAGGUCGAGCGCUAAAAAUUGAUCGCACAUUUCCCAUUCUUCGGAUAUUUUUAAAUACGAUGCAUACCCUUUGCUUGUAACUUUACUGCGCGCGUCAUCACUUUUCACGCAGCCGAACGAUCCACGAUAUGGUUCUUCACAAUGAUUUUUCUUCGCGGAACAGGAAACGAAAGCGUCGGAUUGCUGCGAGGAGCGCGCAGAAGAAGAAGAUCUGGAUGGGCACGAAUUGUUGCCGUCCCCCGACAGCGGCAAAUCAACGGACAACGAAGCAGCUCUGUCACCGAUUAAAAUACGAUCCGAUGUAAAUGGACUGGACCACGAAGAAUGCGACGAGCUGAUUCACGUCGAGAACACCACGCAAGCUUGCAUCAUGCACACCCUUAGCAUUAUACCCUUGCCUUGUACGUUGCAGGACUCGUCCUUGGAGCUCAACUCUGACACGAACUCGAGGGGAAGUUCUGGCCCAGUCAUGGCGUUGACUAAUGGAUCCUUGUCCGCGAAGGAAUAA